AUGUAGACAUGGUUAAAAAUUGUACUUGGAGUUGCCACUUCUGCUGUGCUUGCCUUAUUGGUGAUGUGCAUUGUCUUACGUCCUUCAAGAGUUCAUAAAUCUGAAGGAAGUACAACAAGAGCACUCACACUGAAGGAUAUUUUAAAUGGGACAUUUUCUUAUAAAACAUUUUUUCCAAACUGGAUUUCAGGACAAGAAUAUCUUCGUCAAUCUACAGAUAAUAAUAUAGUAUUUUAUAAUAUUGAAACAGGAGAAUCAUACACUAUUUUGAGUAAUGCCACCAUGAAAAGUGUGAAUGCUUCAAAUUAUGGUUUAUCACCUGAUCGACAAUUUGCAUAUCUAGAAAGUGAUUAUUCAAAGCUUUGGAGAUACUCUUACACAGCAACGUAUCACAUCUACCACCUUACAAAUGGAGAGUUUAUAAGAAGAAAUGAGCUUCCUCGUCCAAUUCAGUAUUUAUGCUGGUCGCCUGUUGGGAGUAAAUUAGCAUAUGUCUAUCAAAACAAUAUCUAUCUGAAACAAAGACCAGAAGACCCACCUUUUCAAAUAACAUAUAAUGGAAAAGAAAAUAAAAUAUUUAAUGGAAUCCCAGACUGGGUUUAUGAAGAGGAAAUGCUUGCUACAAAAUAUGCUCUCUGGUGGUCUCCUAAUGGAAAAUUUUUGGCAUAUGCAGAAUUUAAUGAUACGGAGAUACCAGUUAUUGCCUAUUCCUAUUAUGGCGAUGAACAAUAUCCUAGAACAAUAAAUAUUCCAUACCCAAAGGCUGGAGCUAAGAAUCCCAUUGUUCGGAUCUUUAUUGUUGAUGCCACUUACCCGGAGCAUGUAGGUCCCAGAGAAGUGCCAGUUCCAGCAAUGAUAGCCUCAAGUGAUUAUUAUUUCAGUUGGCUUACAUGGGUUACUGAUGAGCGAAUAUGUUUGCAGUGGCUGAAAAGAAUCCAGAAUGUUUCAGUCUUAUCUAUAUGUGAUUUCAGGGAAGACUGGAAGACAUGGAGCUGUCCAAAGACCCAGGAACAUAUAGAAGAAAGCAGAACUGGAUGGGAUGGUGGAUUCUUUGUUUCAACACCAGCUUUCAGCUAUGAUGCCAUUUCAUACUACAAAAUAUUUAGCGACAAGAAUGGCUACAAACAUAUUCACUAUAUCAAAGACACUGUGGAAAAUGCUAUUCAAAUUACAAGUGGCAAGUGGGAGGCCAUAAAUAUAUUCAGAGUAACACAGGAUUCACUGUUUUAUUCUAGCAAUGAAUUUGAAGGCUACCCUGGAAGACGAAAUAUCUAUAGAAUUAGCAUUGGAAGCUAUCCUCCAAGCAAGAAGUGCAUUACUUGCCAUCUAAGGAGAAAAAGGUGCCAAUAUUACACAGCAAGUUUCAGCGACUAUGCCAAGUACUAUGCACUCGUCUGCUACGGCCCAGGCCUCCCAAUUUCCACCCUUCAUGACGGCCACACUGAUCAAGAAAUUAAAAUCCUGGAAGAAAACAAGGAAUUGGAAAAUGCUUUGAAAAAUAUCCGGCUGCCUAAAGAGGAAAUUAAGAAACUUGAAGUGGAUGAUAUUACUUUAUGGUACAAGAUGAUUCUUCCUCCUCAGUUUGACAGAUCAAAGAAGUAUCCCUUGCUAAUUCAAGUGUAUGGUGGUCCCUGCAGUCAGAGUGUAAGGUCUGUAUUUGCUAUUAGUUGGAUAUCUUAUCUUGCAAGUAAGGAAGGGAUAGUCAUUGCCUUGGUGGAUGGUCGAGGAACAGCUUUCCAAGGUGACAAACUUCUGUAUGCAGUGUAUCGAAAGCUGGGUGUUUAUGAAGUUGAGGACCAGAUCACAGCUGUCAGAAAAUUCAUAGAAAUGGGUUUCAUUGAUGAAAAAAGAAUAGCCAUAUGGGGCUGGUCCUACGGAGGUUAUGUUUCAUCGCUGGCCCUUGCUUCAGGAAGUGGUCUUUUCAAAUGUGGAAUAGCGGUGGCUCCAGUCUCCAGCUGGGAAUAUUACGCAUCUAUCUACACAGAGCGAUUCAUGGGCCUCCCAACAAAGGAUGAUAAUCUCGAGCAUUAUAAAAAUUCAACUGUGAUGGCAAGAGCAGAAUAUUUCAGAAAUGUAGACUAUCUUCUCAUCCACGGAACAGCAGAUGAUAAUGUGCACUUUCAAAACUCAGCACAGAUUGCUAAAGCUCUGGUUAAUGCACAAGUGGAUUUCCAGGCAAUGUGGUACUCAGACCAGAACCAUGGCAUAUCCGGCCUUUCCACGAAGCACUUAUACACCCACAUGACCCACUUCCUAAAGCAAUGUUUUUCUUUGUCAGAGUAA